AUGUAUCAACAAGGCCAAGAGAGCUCCCCACUGGCCUGCAUACACCUUAAGGACGAAUUGACCACCUCGCCCUUGAUUCUUUCCUCCGGUCAGUCAAACAUUUGGAACAUGCCUCAUGGAAACGGCACCCUCACAUGCGACAAAGGGCAAAUCCUAGGUCAAUUCGAAGUCGAAGGAGCCCAAUACAUUUUCGUGGGCAAGCUGAGCACCUUCACCCAGUCUUUCUCUGUUACCAGUGCCGAUGUCUCCCUCGAGUCAGUCGAUCAGCUACAGCUACAGCCCGAAGACUUUGAAGAAAUACCCAUUGAGAAGGAUUGUUUCCAGCUCCGACUCAUGAAUGGGGUUGCGAUCACCGGCGGCUUUGAUAUGCCCUUUACCGAGGCGGAAGUGAAAAAGGGGGUUGCUGGAGGGGUUGGAAAAUGGAUGAAGCUGUGA